CCAGGCGCAGUGACGUCAGCAGGAUGUAAAAUCACUUCCCUGCGGCCUGCUCGCUCUUUUUCUGCGUCUCGUGCGCUUAGGACGGUCGGCCUUCUCUCUGUCUCUGGACAAGUUAACAACAAAGCAGCACAAUGAUCAUCUUCAAGUGCAUUUUGAGCGGUGAUGAGAUGUUCGCGGAUACCUUCAAAUACAAAGAAACCGACGACAAGGUCUUCUACAUGGUUUAUGGAAGCAUUGUCACCCGGAAUGAGCAAUUUGACGAUUCCUUAAUUGCGGCCAACGCUUCAGCUGAAGAGGCAGUGGAGUCCAACGACAGCGCGGUGUCCAGUGGCGUGGACAUCGUCCUCAACCACAAACUCAAAGAGACGAGUUUCCGCAAGGCAGAUUACGUGGCAUACCUCAAGUCUUACGUGAAAGCUAUUAGGGCCAAGCUGCUGGAGGAGAGCCCAGAGAAGGCGCAAGACUUUGAAGCCAGGGUCAAGGUGGGAGUUGGCAACAUCAUGAAAGACUUCAAAGACUAUCAGUUUUUCACAGGAGAAAACAUGGACGUCGAAGGCAUGGUGGGACUGCUGAACUACAAUGACGACGACAAACCAUACAUGCUUUUCUUCAAGGACGGUCUGCUUGCCGAGAAAGUCUAACUACCUGGAUCGCAUCUGCUGAACGCACCGCUGCUUCAAGGCAGACCUGAGGAGCAGAACUUUGCAUCGUGCCUGAACGGACACAUGAAAUCUUAUAUAUUCAUAUAAUGGCCCACAGUACUACAACUAAAUCUGGACGAAUCAAACAUGAUCACUGAAUCCAUUUUUUAACCUUUUGGCUUUUGCAGUGUCUAUUUUUUUUUUUUUUUUUUAUUCUCCCAGGUAUGGCCCAGUUCUUGUGGUAAAACUAAAGACAGGACGGUGAAUAAAGCUUCUGAUUCUGACUGAAGGCUGUUUUAGCAACAACUUAUACCGACAUCCUCUUCGUGUUUAUCGUUGCAUUAAAUACGAAUCCAUCUACAAUAAAACAAAAAAAAUACAACUGGUUUAUUUGAAAUAAAAUUAAGUACCACUA